AUGGCCUCCUUUGCCGUUAAAUCAAUUGACCAUGUCGUCCUGACCUGCCGCAACAUUCCCGCGACCAUCAACUUCUACACCCAACGACUCGGCAUGCGGCAUGAAGUCUUCACCUCGAAAGGCGUGGAGCGUCAUGCCCUCCUCUUCGGCAACCAAAAGCUCAACCUCCAUCAAUCUGGCAAGGAAUUCGAGCCCAAAGCGGGCACUGUACAGCCUGGUAGUGAGGAUCUAUGUUUCGUGACCGAGCAUCCGAUUGAAGAAGUGCAAAAGUCGUGGAAGGACAAUGGCCUUGAGAUCCUCGAGGGUGGAGAGAUUGUAGACCGGACCGGUGCUGUCGGCAAGCUCAAGAGCGUGUACUGUCGGGAUCCGGACGGCAAUCUGAUUGAGGUGUCGAACUAUGUAUCGUGA